AUGGCCCGAAAAGAGCUGCCGCAAGCCCUUACCCUCGAGAAGUUUGCCGCUGGCAAAGACGGUCGUGCUAAUGCCUUCAAGAAAAAGAAACAAGCCAAGAAGCGCAAACUGUUCGAGAAGGCCCAGCUCAAACGACAGUACGCCAAGCUCUUGAAAAAGGAAGCGGUCACGGCAAGAGGGGAACACGGGCCUGACGCUCCGCGAUCCGAUGGUGCGGCUGGUGUCGGGAAAGAGAAACGUGCUGGCCGUUUGGUCCUUACACCCAACCGGAAGUGGAAAGAAGAGGCAAGUGGAGGAGAACUGAAGCGAAGGCGGGAACUUUCGGAUGAUCGCCAGAGCGGAGAGCGACAGCAAGUGGCAGAGGGGCGGAAGCAAGAACAACGCAAGCCGGGAAAGUGGAGGAGACCAGAGCACCGACCAGACCCUUUCAAAGCUGCUAAGGCACUCCAAGGCGUUACGACAAGGAGAUCAUUUGGGGGCUCACCCAAGACUGACGUUCAGCACAGUGCUUUGCUCGUGGGCCUUGUGCAGCACAUCACAGCUGUCUGA